AAAAACGUCUGCUGUGUGGUUACAAUGCCUGUAAAGAAUCUGGCUAAGCAGCUGGCUACCUGUGGCGUUUCACCUUGAAUCUUUUUUUUGCAGACGCAGUAAAAACCCGGCGGAGUGAGACCUCCUCUCCCUCCUGUCUGUGCGUCCCUCUGACGUCACGGCGGCACGUUUAUCCGCCCAGGCUGCCGCUUCCUGCUGAGUCUCCACUCUGUCGCCGCCGCUCCGCCACACUGCACACUCUCAACUUCUGCAAACCGGGGGAACAUCGACAUUUCGGGUGGAGUGGUGUUGAGGAGCUCAUUGAACGGGACGACAGACAUCAUGGUGAACAUCCCAGAAUACUAUGCGGGGAAAUGUGUGCUGAUAACCGGAGCAACAGGCUUCAUGGGAAAGGUGCUGCUGGAGAAGCUGCUGAGGUCCUGCCCAGAGGUCAAAGGUGUCUAUGUGAUGGUCAGGUCAAAAGCCGGUCAGAGCCCACAGACCCGCAUCGCUGACAUGAUCAACUCCAAGUUGUUUGAAAGAUUGCAGGACGAGCAGCCGGACUUUGCAGAGAAGAUCAUCGCGGUGAACAGCGACCUCACGCAGCCGGAGCUGGAUCUCAGUAAAGAGGAUCAGAGCGUCCUGGCUGAAAACAUUAACAUCGUUUUCCACUGCGCCGCCACCAUCCGCUUCAAUGAGCCUCUCAAAGAUGCAAUGCAGCUGAAUGUCCUGGCCCAGAAGAUGCUGGCUCUGGCCCACAGGAUGAAGCACCUGGAGGUCUUCAUUCACGUCUCCACGGCCUACGCCAACUGUGACCGAGAGCUCAUUGAAGAAAUCGUGUACCCUCCCGCCAUAGACUACCGCAGACUCAUCGAUUCUCUGGACUGGAUGGAUGACGAGCUGGUGUCUGCUCUGACUCCCAAGCUGCUCGGGGAGCGUCCCAACACUUACACCUUCACCAAAGCCCUGGCUGAGUAUCUGGUGCAGCAGGAGGCCGGAGACCUCAACGUAGCCAUCGUCAGACCUUCGAUAGUUGGAGCCAGCUGGAAGGAGCCCUUCCCAGGUUGGAUUGAUAACUUCAACGGGCCCAGUGGAAUAUUCAUCGCAGCUGGAAAAGGGAUUCUGCGUACAAUGAGAGCGUCUAACGAUGCUGUGGCUGACCUGGUGCCUGUCGACGUGGUCAUCAACGCCACGCUGGCUGCAGCCUGGUACACUGGAUCACAGGCACUCAACAGGUCUAAAAGCAUCCUGGUUUACAACUGCACGACCGGUGGGAUCAACCCGUUUCACUGGGGGGAAGUUGAGUACUGUAUAAACAUGACCUUCAAGACCAAUCCCUUAGAGCAGGCCUUCAGAAGGCCCAAUGUCAAUCUGCGCUCCAACCCCUUUACUAAUCAGUACUGGACCACGGUCAGCCACACGCUGCCGGCCCUGCUCUAUGACGGCUAUCUCUGGCUGACGGGCCGCAAGCCCCGGAUGAUGAAGACAAUCACACGCCUCCACAAAGCCAUGAUGGUCCUGGAGUAUUUCACCAGUCACUCCUGGGUGUGGAACAACGACAACGUGGCCAUGCUGAUGGCCCAGAUGAGCGCGGAGGAUAAGAAGGUGUUUAAUUUUGACGUGCGACAGCUGCACUGGGCAGAGUACAUGGAAAGUUACUGCAUGGGCACCAAAAAAUAUGUCCUCAAUGAAGAGCUGUCGGGCCUGCCUGCUGCACGCAAACACCUCAACAAGCUGAGGAACAUCCGCUACACCUUCAACACCAUCCUGGUGGUGCUCAUCUGGCGCGUCUUCAUCGCCCGAUCCCAGAUGGCCCGAAACAUCUGGUACUUCGUGGUGAGCCUCUGCUUCAAGUUCCUCUCCUACUUCAGAGCUUCCUCCACCAUGAGAUAAUGAGCCUGGGCACAGGGUGGCGGGUGGCGAGGCAGAGGGGGCGAAGAAUUGAAGAAAACGUUGGCUGUGGGUGAUGGGAGGUUCCUGAGCUGUCUGUCUCUUGCCCCGUGUUUGCCCUGACACUCAAGGAUUAAAUGGAACCGAUAAAACCCGUGAACAAAGACAGAGCCAACGGAGGAUCCUGGAGUCCACAGCGGUCUAAAUGUUGCAUAUCUCGGAUGGCUCUUACCUGAUCUCAAGCAUUUCAUAAAACACAGAGGGCGUGGAUUUAUCUCAAAAUGUACAAUGCUCAGACUAACAGCACUCGGACUCGUUAAAGAAGGAGGACCCCACGUCCUUAUUCUGCUCAUUUCCGGUCAGUCUGGUCUCCUCUGGCACCAGCUUUACUCCUACAGUCUCUAAGCUCCGGGGCAAACUUGCUCCACCACCUGUCUGUUCGCCUGGCUGCCUGCAAAAUAAAGCUAUGCAUUGGAUGAUGCUCGCCGCAAA